AUGCCUGAUGGUUCGGUGGUCACUGACAUAUCCAUCGACGAAGGUAUCCUGCGUGUUCUCAACUUAUCAGAUACAGGCAGUUCCUCGGCCUACCUGGGAGCCCCUUUGUACGCUUUCUCUGGUGAACACGGCGUGUUGAGGUGGGCCGUCGACAACAAGACCUGUAAGGAUGCAAUGGCGUCUGAGGAUUAUAGAUGCUUCUCUAAUAGUGAUUGCUUGGAUGUCACAGACGAAAUACUAUCACUCAAACACGUUGGUUAUCAGUGCAAGUGCUCUCAUGGAUUUGGAGGAAAUCCUUACCUUAGAUACGGAUGCACAAGUAUUAGCACUGGCAAGCAUCAAAGUGAAAGCAAACUUGUAAUAUUAGACUCCAGGCGCACGAGUAGGCACACCGCCGCUGCUGUGGCCAUGCGGGCGUGCGAGCAAGUACUGCCGCCGCUGCCACACCGGCACGAAAGCAGGCUCGUACACCAGCGUCUCCACGGGGAAGUCGAUGAGGCAGCAGUACCCGCUGGCGCCGCUGUGCACAGGCCGCUGUCGGAGGAGGCGCCGCUGAGGCCGGGUGCUCUAGGACAACGACGCCAGGGAGGUGCUCAGGACGCGUCCGCGGCCGAGGCGUUCGAGCAGUACCUGCGCCUGCAGGAGCUGUCGUGCCUGUGGAAGGCCCGGUGCUUCCCGAAGUGGGCGGGCGACGGCCUGGUCAAGCCGGCGCUGCAGGCGCUCGAGGUCACCUUCCGCUUCGCGUCCCUCGCGCUGUCUGACACGCGCGGGUAUGCCAGCCGCCGCGAGCUCGCGCGCAGGCUCGAGUCCCUCGCGGCGCGGGAGGUGGAGCUGGUGUCCGCGCUCUGCGAGGGCGACCGGAGCGCGCCGCUCGCCGAGCUGAGCGCCUCCGGGGGCGUGCUCCCGCGGGAGCGCAGCGCGUCCGAGGUGUGGCAGCUGCCCGGGAGCGCCGCGGCCGUCGUGUGCCAGGUCAGCGAGGCCAGCCUGCUCCCGCGCCUCGCCGCGUGCGACAAGUCCAAGACGCUCGCGGCCAAGAUCAUGUACGCCAUCGAGAGCCAGAUGCAGGGCUGCACCUUCACGCUCGGCCUCGGCGAGCCCAACCUCGCCGGCAAGCCCGUGCUCGAGUACGACCGCGUCGUGCGCCCGCACGAGCUGCACGCGCUCAAGCCCAGGCCAGCGCCGGAGCCCAAGUCUGGCUACCGCAACCGGGAGCUCGAGACGCUGUUCACCAUGUACCAGAUACUCGAGUCAUGGCUGCGCGCCGCGUCGCAACUCCUCACCCGCCUCAACGAACGGAUCGAAGCCAAGAACUGGGAGGCGGCGGCCAGCGACUGCUGGAUCCUAGAGCGCGUGUGGAAGCUGCUCGCCGACGUCGAGGACCUCCACAUGCUGAUGGACCCGGACGACUUCAGGCGGCUCAAGAGCCAGCUCGCUGUACAAGCGGCUCCGGGGUCUGACGUGUCGUUCUGUUUCCGGUCCAGGGCGCUCCUGUACGUCGCUAACACUACCAGGGACCUCAAGAAGCGUGUGCCCUGGGUGCUCGGUGUCGAGGUGGACCCCAACGGCGGCCCACGGGUGCAGGAGGCGGCCAUGAAGCUGUACCACAGCCGUAGGCGCGGUGAGGGCGAGGAGGCAGGCAAGGUGGAGCUGCUCCAGGCUUUCCAAGCAGUGGAGGUGGCCGUGAGAGGAUUCUUCUUCGCAUACCGGCAGCUCGUGGCGGCUGUGAUGGGCAAGGCGGAGGCGUCGGGGAACCGGGCGCUGUUCGUGCCGGCGGAAGGGAUGGAUCCGCUCGCCCAGAUGUUCCUCGAGCCGCCCUACUACCCCAGCCUGGACGCCGCCAAGACGUUCUUGGCGGAUUACUGGGUUCAGCAGUUGGCGGGGGCCUCUGUUCCGUCAAGACAAAGCUAG